AUGGAAAAAAGCUCCGGCGUCUCCGCGCACUCCGGGCGCCCUGACAGCCCCCAGGAAUACACCGUCCAGCAAACCUCCACUGCAGACUCAACCCAGCCCAAGAAACCAUGGUGGCACGCCAUCAAAGAGCCCGGCUCCGCGCUGCAAAUCGUAACCGCCGCCGCCAUCGCCAUCGCAAUCGGCCUCGCGGUCUCCAGCACAGUCGACGACAUCCCCUACGCCGCGCCAACGAUCAUCGAGAUCCCCGGCGCGCUGUGGCUGCGCGCUUUGAGGGCUGCUGGUGCGUUCCCCAUCCAUUCACCCGUUCUUCCAGGUUGUACUAACAGAGAUGCGUUAGUCCUCCCCAUGAUCGUAACCUCCAUGAUCCUCGCCGUGCAACGGCUCCGCGAACUCUCGAACGGCGGCCAUAUCCUAGCCCGCUGGACAAUAGGCUACUACGUGCUCACGACGCUCUUCGCAAUCGUGCACUCCAUCAUCCUAACGAGUCUCGUCUGGCGCCGCCUCAUGACGCAAGCGAGUUCUGAGAGCCUGAACGUCGACGAAGAAGACCAGGAGACGUUCGCGGAGCGCGAGGAAACGGAUAUCUCCGACGUUGUCGUGCAGAUGUUUGAGUCGCUGAUUCCGCUUAAUAUCGUUGAUGCGCUCGCGACCGAUAGCCUGCUUGCCGUUCUAGUCACGGCCGUUGUGGUCGGCUACAUGAUUGACCGACGGCACUCGUAUAUCCUGAAGGCCGUCGAGGAGGUCGAGGGGAUUAUCAUGAAGAUCAUCAUGGUUCUGAUCAAGCUUGCGCCUAUCGGUGUGUUCUUCUUGAUUCUCCCGAACAUGUUCCGUCUUGAUGUACGGGAUAUCGGGCAGAACCUGGGUGUGCUUAUCGGCGGUUCGCUGUGUAAUCUGGCCCUGCAUCUUUUCAUCGUCCUGCCGGCGCUGUACUUCAUCGUUACGAGGCGGAUGCCGUAUACGUUUUGGCUGAGGUGCUCGCCGGCUUGGACGACGGCUUGGGGCACUGCCUCGUCCGCUGCGACGUUGCCGCUGAGUCUCAAGGUUGUUCGGGCCAGCGGCGUCUCGAAUACGGUGUCCAAGUUCACCGUCCCGCUGGGGUGUCUGGUGAACAUGGACGGAACGGCGAUUUACUUCCCGCUGUGCGUGGUGUUUCUUGCCGAGACGCAGGGGCACAGUCUAAGUCCAGCGGACUACGUGAUUAUUUGCCUGUUGUCCACACUGGCAAGUAUCGGGACGACGCCCAUUCCAAGCUCGAGUCUUGUGCUUACGGUUAUGAUUGCGGGGAGUGUGGACGUCCCGAUUACAGGGAUGUAUGCGGUCAUCAUUGCGAUUGAUUGGUUCAUUGAUCGGUUCCGCACGAUGACGAAUGUCUCGGGGGAUCUCUAUGCUGCAGCGAUUAUUGAGAAGCUGAGUGGGUUGCAUGAUGACGAGAGUGACGAGGGGGAGGAUGGGGGAGUGGAGGGGGGUGAGCGGGUGGUUUAG